CUCCCGUCCUUCCUUCCCCGAUGGCGGGCGAGGGGUUCGCGGGCGGGCGGCGCGGGCUGGGGCCGGCCGGGCCCCCGGCCACCUCUCCGGACCUGGCGCUGUGGUGGGGUCAGCAGGAGGACUUUCAUACCGCCUUCCUCGAACAUUUGGCCAAGUUUGUGCCAGACAUCUAUUUUGCUGAAAUGGACGCCGUGCCGGAGAAGCAGGAAGAACUCGCCCAGAAGUUUUUACUCACUCCGCUGGAGUGGUGUUUGUUCGGAGAAGAUCCGGCCGUUUGCCUCGAGAGAUUGAAGCAGCACGGAGCAUUUCAACUCUGCGGGAAGGUUUUCAAAGCGGGCGAGACGACGUACUCCUGCAGGGACUGUGCAAUUGAUCUAACGUGUGUUCUGUGCAUGGACUGCUUCCAGAACAGUGUUCACAAGAACCACCAUUACAAGAUGCACACGUCCACGGGAGGAGGGUUUUGUGAUUGUGGAGACACGGAAGCCUGGAAGUCCGGUCCGUUUUGUGCGAACCACGAGCCCGGCGCCUCGAGCACGACAAAGGAGCACUCUGGCCGCCUGCUGAACGAGGAAGUCCUGGCUCAGGCCAAGAAGAUCUUCUCUUCCGUGAUAAAGUACAUUGUCGAGAUGACUAUUUGGAAUGAACAGCAAGAACUCCCACCUCUGCUCCAGACCAGGGAAAGAACAGGAAGAUACUACUGUGUCCUCUUCAACGACGAACACCAUUCCUACGACCACGUCAUUUACAGUUUACAGCGAGCCCUCGGCUGUGACCAUUCGGAGGCUCAGUUACACACGACGGCCAUCGACAAGGAGGGUCGCCGAGCUGUCACGGUGGGGCCUUACGCUCCUUGUCAAGAAGCAAGGGAAGACAUAAAGAGGCAUUCGGAAAACGUAUCCCAGCAUCCCCUCCACGUCGAGGUUCUGCACGCGGAUGUCAUGGCUCACCAGAGAUUUGCUCUGCGUCUUGGCUCCUGGUUGAACAAACUCAUGAGUUAUUCAAGUGACUUCCGGCAGACGUUCUGCAAAGCGUGCCUCAGGGUGGACGUCAGCUCGGAGAGCCCCUGUCCCAUAAGCAAGCUAAUGCUCUGGGAUGCGAAGCUCUAUAAAGGUGCCCGCAAGAUACUUCAUGAACUGAUCUUCAGCAGUUUUUUCAUGGAAAUGGAAUACAAAAAACUUUUUGCCGUGGAAUUCGUGAAGCAUUAUAAGAUGCUGCAGAAAGAAUACGUCAGCGAUGAUCACGACAGAAGCAUCUCUGUGACGGCCCUAUCUGUUCAGAUAUUUACCGUUCCUACCCUGGCCCGUCACCUCAUUGAAGAACAAAACGUCAUCUCCGUCAUCACUGAAACCCUCCUGGAAGUGUUGCCCGAGUAUUUGGACAAGAACGGCAAAUUCAACUUCCAGGGCUACAGCCAAGACAAGCUGGGAAGAGUGUAUGCAAUUAUCUGUGACCUCAAAUACAUACUGAUCAGCAAACCCCCGGUAUGGACCGACCGGCUGAGGAGUCAGUUUCUCGAAGGCUUUCGAUCUUUUUUGAAGAUUCUCGCAUGCAUGCAGGGAAUGGAAGAGAUCAGAAGGCAGAUUGGGCAGCACAUCGAACUGGAUCCGGACUGGGAGGCCGCCAUCACCAUCCAGAUGCAGCUGAAGAACAUUCUACUGAUGUUCCAAGAAUGGUGCGCUUGCCACGAGCAACUCUUAUUGGAGGCUUACAAGGAAUGCCACAAGGCCGUUCUGAAGUGUAGCCCUGGCAGCUUUUCAGGAGACAGGUCAGUCACUCACCUGUGUGGCCACACUUUGGAAAACAAGCCGUUCAGGGUGUCUACAGAUCCUGUCAGCAUCCAUCUGCCCCUCUCCAGGACGCUAGCCGGUCUUCACGUGCGCUUAAGCAGGAGAGGAGCCAUUUCAAGACUGCAGGAAUUCGUGUCCCUGGAGGAUUUCCAGGUGGAGUUGCUGAUAGAAUAUCCGUUGCGCUGCCUGGUUCUGGUCGCCCAGGUUGGGGCCGAGAUGUGGCGUCGGAACGGCCUUUCUCUGAUCAGCCAGGUGUUUUAUUACCAAGACGUUAAAUGCCGAGAGGAGAUGUAUGAUAAAGACAUCAUCAUGCUUCAGAUUGGUGCAUCACUGAUGGAACCAAACCGUUUCCUCUUGCUGGUGCUCCAGAGAUACGAACUUGUUGAGGUUUUUCAGAAGACAGUGCCCACCAAAGACCAGGAUCAGAAUAAGCAGUAUAAGACGUUAAUCGAAGAAAUGCUGCAGGUGCUCAUCUAUGUCGUGGGGGAGCGGUACGUGCCCGGAGUGGGGAAUGUGAGCAAAGAAGAGGUUGUCACGCGCGAAAUUAUCCACCUGCUCUGCAUUGAGCCCAUGGCUCACAGUGCCAUCGCCAAGGCUUUGCCGGAGAACGAGAACAAUGAAACGGGCUUGGAUCAAGUGAUCGACAGAGUGGCCACAUUCAAAAGACCGGGUGUUUCAGGCCAUGGAGUUUAUGAGCUGAAGGAUGAAGCUGCGAAGGAGUUCAAUAUGUUCUUCUAUCACUAUUCUAAAACGCAGCACAGCAAGGCCGAACAUACGCAGAAGAAAAAAAGAAAACAAGAAAACAAAGAUGAAGCGCUCCCGCCGCCGCCGCCUCCGGAAUUCAGCCCCGCCUUUGCCAGCGUGGUCAACCUCCUGCCCUGUGACGUGAUGGUGCACAUUCUGCGGACCGUCUUGCAGAGAGCGGCAGACCUGGAUACCAACCUGUGGACCGAAGCCAUGAUCCAGAUGGUACUUCACCUUCUCUCUUUGGGUUUGCUGGAAGAGAAGCACCAACUCCAAAACGCUCCCGAGGAAGAAGUAACAUUUGACUUUUAUUUUAAGGCAUCAAGGAUGGGGAGUUCAGCUGAGAAUGCCCUCAACGUACAAAUGCUUUUGGAGAAACUCAAAGGAAUUCCCCAGUUAGAGGCUCAGAAAGACAUGAUCACCUGGAUACUGCAGAUGUUCGAUGUGGUGAAACAACUGAGAGAAAAAUCCAGUCUGACUUCCGGGACGGUUUCACCGGGGACGGACAUUGUAAAGACCACCGAGAGCUCUCAGGACGGAGAGAAGGCGGAACGGAAGAGGAAGGCGGAGGCCGCCCGGCUGCAUCGUCAGAAGAUCAUGGCCCAGAUGUCCGCCCUCCAGAAGAAUUUCAUCGAAACCCACAAACUCUUGUACGAGAACACAGUGGAGACCCAGGGGAGAGAGGAGUCCGGUAUGGAGGUGGAGAGCUCGUCGUCUGUCAUUGCCAACUCCAAAGUUGCUCUGGGACCCAACCGGGGUCCGUCUCUUGGUGACAAAGAGUUGCUGACCUGUAUCCUCUGUCAGGAAGAACAGGAAGUGAGGCUGGAAAAUGCCGCCAUGGUGUUAUCGGCCUGCGUCCAGAAUUCCACUGCCUUAACUCAGCACAGAGGGAAGUCUCCGGGACUCUCAGCGGAAGCGCUGGAUCCCCUUUUCAUGAAUCCGGACUUGGCUUGUGGCGUCCACACCGGCAGUUGUGGCCACGUGAUGCACGCUGCGUGCUGGCAGAAGUACUUCGAAGCCAUGCAGCUGAACUCGCGGCAGCGCCUUCACGUCGAGCUCUUCGACUUGGAGAGCGGAGAAUACCUCUGUCCUCUCUGCAAAUCCCUGUGCAACACCGUGAUCCCGAUCCUGCCGCCGCAAACCCAGAGGAUGAACAGCGAGGACGCCGAAGCCGUCGCGCAACUUUUGACCCCGGCUCGGUGGUUGGAAAUCGUCAUGGCCAGAAUAGCAGGCUACCAACAGAAAAGCGCCAAAGGAGAACAACCUAAAGGUCUGCUCGGGGCUCAGCGAGGAACAAGCGAUUCCACUUCGGAUUUCCAUUCUAUUCUGAGUUUUGGAGUCCGGCCCGCAGCCAAGUACUCCGGCAGCAACAAGGAAAUGCUGGUCCUCUUCGCCACGACGGUCUACAGAGUUGGCCUGAAGGCGCCUCCCAGCGAAACGGAUCCUCGCAUCCCGGGGAUCGUGUGGAGCAGUUGUGCAUUCACCAUCCAGUGCCUCGAAAAUCUCCUGGGAGACGAAGGGAAACCCCUGUUUGGAGCCCUCCAGAACAGGCAGCACAGCGGUCUUAAAGCCUUGGUGCAGUUUACCGUUGCCCAGAGGAUUACCUCGCCGCCCAGCCUGAUCCAGAAACAUCUGGUCCGCCUUCUCUCCGUUCUUCUUCCUGACUUGGAGUCAGAUGACACCCCAUCCCUUCUGUCUGUGGAUUUGUUUCACGUUCUGGUAGGAGCCGUGUCAGCGUUCCCAUCUCUGUACUGGGAGGACUCCGUGGAUCUUCAGCCGUCGGCGAUUAGCUCUUCCUACAAUCACCUCUACCUCUUCCACUUGAUAACCAUGGCCCACAUGCUCCAGAUACUUCUCACCGUAGAGACAGAUGGCCACUCUGCCCAGGUACCCGACGACAGCGAAGAGGCACGCUCGGCAUCCUCGUUCUGUCAAGAAGUCGCUCAGUAUACUAAUGGCUGCUUCAGUCGGGAUGUUGCCGGGCGGCAUCUGUGGGACUGUUUGAAGAGAGGCAUCACCCCCUUCCUGCGCUCCGCUGCUUUAUUUUUCCACUACUUCCUGGGAGUGUCGCCUCCUGAAGCCUUAUUUUUGGUUUCUGAAGAUGAGCAGUUCAGCGCACUGUGCAGCUAUCUGUCUUUACCCACCAAUCUGUUCCUGCUUUUCCAGGACUACGGGGAGACAGUCAAGCCUUUGCUUCACAGAUGGUGCACGGAUCCGGCCGUCCUGACGGCUCUGAAGGGGGAAGGCUCGCCCGUCAGAUAUCCCAGGAGAAGAAAUAACCUAGUAAACCUUCCAGAAGACUACAGCCACCUUCUAAACCAAGCCUCUCAGUUCAGGUGUCCACGCUCUUCUGACGAUGAACGGAAGCACCCGGUGUUGUGUUUGUUCUGCGGAGCCAUGCUGUGUUCCCAGAACGCUUGCUGCCAGGAGGUUGUGAACGGGGAGGAGAUCGGAGCCUGCGUCUUUCACGCGAUGCACUGUGGGGCUGGUGUUGGCUUAUUCCUCAACAUCAGAGAGUGCAAAGUGAUCCUGAUCGAAGGCAGAGCCCGCGGCUGCUUGUAUCCAGCCCCCUAUCUGGAUGAAUACGGAGAGACCGACCCCGGCCUCAAGAGGGGCAAUCCCCUGCAUCUGUCCCAGGACCGGUAUCGGAAGCUACACCUGCUCUGGCAACAGCACUGCAUCGUCGAAGAGAUCGCCAGGAGUCAGGAGACCAAUCAGAUCUUAUUCGGAUUCAACUGGCAGUUGCUCUGAAGAGCGUCGGCUUCCGCGACCGGCCCCGGCCGGACGCGGUGGCCGAGGCAGAUCUGAUUUCCGGGCCCGUCUCGUAAGGCCGGGGGACGGCUGAAUGCGCCCUGGUCCUCCUAGGAUUCCCGUAUUCCCCAAGAUCGCCACCCGCUCGCUCGUAGGGCUUUCGAGCCAGCAGAGCCUGCCGCCGUAAGGGAUAACGUCAUCUCCUCUAGAAGCCCAACUCUGACACCGAGACCCUGCCGACGGCGAAAGGAAUAGAUUCCCUUCCCGGCCGCCCCCGCUUUCGACUGUGACUGUCAGCGGUCCCAGCCGAACCGCAGCCAAAUUUCUCCGGGAGGCCAUGGAGAAUUUUAUAACGGCUCGUCUCCACAGAGAGCCUGCUAAAACCGAGUCUUCUCUGGGUUUCUGGUCCCGGCCAGCCGAGUUAACCGCGGUUUUCGAUUCAGGUCGGAGGGAGAGUAGAAACGACCCGCUUCCGAUAAUCCGUAGCCUGGCGUCUGGCUGAGAGGGAGACGGAGUGGAAGCUCCUUUGAUGUGUCCAGCAGAAGAAAGCCAAGUUACCACCUCCCUUCCCUUCUGGGAAUCUCACAGACUCUGCCGUGUCGCUGCUCGGCCCAGUCAAGCAAGGGUGGGACUCACCUUCCGAAAACAGACGUCUGGCCCGAUGCCUUUCGCUUGGGUUUUUUUUUUUCUUUUAAAACCUGGGUUCACCUCUCCGGUCCGGUUCGAUUUGACCAGCAGAAAUUAAUUUCUGCUCCUCUUGUUUCUUUUGAAAUUGCCCCCACAUCCGUAUCUUCCAGGGCUGGCCCCAGCAGCCCGGGCCUCCCAUCAGCAGGCGCUACCGCUCACCCCUCGAGCGGCGGAAAUCUGCCGCGGCCUUGCCGAGGGACGGGCCGCUCUGCUGAGAAAAUCCCGCAGUGAAUCAAGAACGGCCUGUGAGGAUUAGAAUCCGCCAUUUCCUACCUACCCGGCUUUGGAGACGCAUUCCGUGAACCGCCGUUUGACUGCCAGGUACUGGCUACCGAGAAAGCCGCUCGCUGGGAUCAUCUGUCUCCGGCUGAGCCACCAGGUUGGGAGAUCCUGGCGCUCUUCUCUGGGAUUCUUAGGCGCAGGGUGUUCUGAACUGUCACCUGUGAAUCAGGAGAACGUGGGAUGCCGAAUUUCUGAAACCGAGUAGUCAUCCGUCGGAUUGGAGGCCGAGCCAGAGCCGGGUUUGUACCAGCGUGCAGGAGGAUUGGCCUUGCCUGGCAGCAGGUUCGGAUGCGGCGUUCGUUCCUGCCCACCGUACGUGUGAUCACGCUCGGCCCGCCCUAAUCAGGUCCCAGCGCCCAGACGGCCAUCUUCUAGGUGUAAAUGGCAGGCAGGGGAGAGAAGAGGUGGAGUAAAUGGAGUAAUACCACCCUGCUCACCGUUCCUCAGUCUCAUCUUCCUUGCUGCCAAUUUUUUCCCGAGUUACGGAGAAGAAAACGGACUCAACGGGUGGGAGGUUAGGUAGGGAAGAUACCGGUCGCAAAUCGUUUUUUCCUGUCUACGGAAUUCUACAGCCAGAUUUCUAAGGCAUUCCGAGGGGCACUCAGAGGAGCGAAAGUCGAAGAGUCGAGGCAGAAGAGGCCGAGAUGACGGCGAACGUUUUCCCGAAGGCUGAACAGACCGGGGCCCGGGCAGGGUAAGGCCGGUUCUACACGGAGACCGCGUGACAGCUUUGAAUUUACCCCGUUCAGCACAGAAGGCCUCGGAUUGAGCUGUCGGGCGGGCAGAAGUCCUCCUGAGAAGAUCUGGCGGGCGGAAGUCCUGCUCCCAAACCGACGAGCCGGGAGACUCCUUGACAUCAACAGGUUUCACUGGCCCAAGGAGGAAAAAUCUUGUUUGUAAUGAUUCACAAACAGCGAGGAUGGGCGCCUCAUCCGAUCGUCCUCCCCAGGUGAGCACACCUGUCGUGGAGCCCCGACGUUUCCAUUUUCAGUAAAGCUGGAUAGGGAGGGAUAGGGAGUGAACCAAAGCAUCAGGGAAAAAGAGGUUUUUAAACGGCGUUUCAACCCGCAGUCAUAGUGUUUAUUAAGUGCUUAAUGUUUGCAAAGUGCAGCCCCAAAUUUUGCCAAAAAUGAUAAGGUCCCUCCGGGAGGGGGGAAUCAGAAUCGAAGCGGGGAGAAGGGACUGGAGACAGACACCUCGGGGGGUGAUGAUCACAAAAACAGGAUAAAAUCCCAGAAUAAGAACACUUGGGGGCCAGGGCUAGAAGGGCACAAUUUCAGGCUCCCUGUGGCUCCGUCCACGGCACGGCUGUAGCCACAGCAGCCGCGACAGCAGCCACCGAUCUUCCCGGGGCCUUGCGGAGGCCGGCAGGCAGAGUAGCCCGUCGUCUCCCGGGCGGCGGGGAGCGGAGGCAGUGCCAGUUCCCGGGGAUGCCCAGAGCUCAGCCCCGUCUCCUGAGGCCAGGUUUCUAUAACGUCCCACCGUCACAGGCUGUGAUGAGCGCGGUCCAGAUGGGCCCUCCCUGCGGGCGAAGGAAAGGGUCAUGUCCUAGAUGGUCACCGACCCCCGGAACGGGGAGUCUCGGCUUUGUGACGCUCAGAGGGUGGCGAGGUGAAAGGCAGGGGUUUGUAGAGCAGCAGGCGGAGCGCUCCCGAAGAUUUCCCCCCUCCUCCGGGCGAGGGCCAAGUCCCUCAGGAAGACUGGACCGCUUAAAGCGCCGAAAGGAUUCUCUACGCGGGAUGCCGGUGCGACAGGAGUGGGACGUCCCCGAAUGGGGAGGGUUAUCCGGGGAGCGUUACACCGACGACUCUGCGUUUGGUUCACUGGGGAGAAGGCUCCGAGUGUGAAGGAUUGCAAAAUAUUUAAGCCACUGUUGCAAAGUCUGUUCGGAAUGAACAGAGGCUUAUCCAGGCGAUGCUUAUCUUGAAAUACUACAUUAGGAAAAUGUAAAUUUAUAACAUGUACAAUGUUCUUGUACUUUUGGAAAUGAAAUGUGUGUCUAUUUAAAUAAAAAUGAUUUC